UUUUUUUAAAGAAUGCAUAGAUGACGAAACCUAAGACCAAGAUCUAUUCUAUACCUUGUUGAAUAUAUGUCAAAUGGAACAAAGUAUUAGAAAGGGAACUUAUCUCUACUGUAGUGCUAUGUCUUCCUCUUGAUCAAGCCCAAAAAACGACACCUAAACCUUUCACUUGAGGAUCAAACGCUGUCUGUUACCAAUGACGUCGUGCUUCCACGUCUUUCUUUUUAUUCUCUUUGACCAUGAAUCCUGAACAACCAAGACCCAUAUCGGGUCCACGCCCUCCUCAGAUGGCCGGUAUUCGUCCUGUUGGACCAGGUGGUGAGUGAACUAUACAAUAGACGUGUUAUUGACACAAUUAGCUCCUAUUCGGCCAAUGAUGCCACUACCACAACAAGGUAUGGCAAGACCUCCCGGAAUGCAUCCUCCUAUGAGACCUAUGACACAAGCACCUAUGCGUCCUGUUAUGGCAUCACCACAGGCAAGACCUGUUGUAUCGCCACAAGUUAGACCUUCUGUUGUAUCACCACAGCCAAGACCUGCCAUCAUGCCCACUCAACCACAUGAGCCUACCUAUCAACACCAACCUGCUGUAUCUCCUCCUCAACAACAACAACAACCACAAAACUUAGUUGGACCUAUGCAACAUAUGCAUAUUCAUCAACAGUCAAAACAAAGCAGUAAACCUAAACGAGUCUAUAUCAACCCAGACACCACACAACCACAACCUCAAGUGCAGCCACAAGGACAACCUCAAGUGCAUCCCCAAAUGCAACCUCAGCCACAGGCUCCAUGGCCAAACAGUCUUCAACAACCUUACAGUACACCUUCUUCUAUCAAAAGUCAUCAUCAAUCUGCAGGUGUUGGCUAUACAAACGCACCUUACACACACACAGGUCAGCAAUUACCACCUGAACUCCGUCCCCCUUCACAACCUCGUCCUCGUAUUGACCCCGAUCAAAUGCCAGCACCUGUUCAGGUCCGUGAAGCAGAUGCUGAUCUAUUCCAAGACAAAUUCUUUGGUACCUUGGAACGAGACCGUGUUCCUUUUGCCACGACGUCUUUUAUUGGACUGGAUCAGGGGAACUGCAAUCCCCGGUUCAUGCGGUCCACAGUGGACCGUGUGCCUAGCACCAAGGAAUUGACAGACAAGUCCAAGCUGCCUGUGGGUCUGAUCGUUCAACCCUUGGCCAAACAACGGUCUGAUGAGGUCCCUAUUCAAGUGGUUCAGCAUGGUGAAGAAGGACCUGUGCGUUGUAGUCGAUGCAGAGCCUACGUGAAUCCUUGGUGCGUAUUUACGCAUGGUGGGUCUCGAUUUGAAUGUAACAUUUGCUUGCAUUCCAACCAAGUGCCUGAUUGGUACUUUGCCAAUGUGGAUAUGUCUGGUAGACGUGUGGAUGUGAAUGAACGACCUGAAUUACGCUAUGGAUCUGUUGAAUUUGAAGUGACACCUGAUUAUUUCGCUACAGAUCGAUUGCCUGUGCCCUUAAGUUAUGUGUUUGCGAUUGAUGUCUCGAUCCAGUCUGUUCAGAGCGGCAUGCUACAAGCUGUAUGUGAAGGACUAAAGCAUGCACUGUAUGAUACAGAAGGAAAUCCCAAAUUGGACAAUCGCAUAGGUAUCAUGACAUUCAAUAAAGAUGUCCAUUUCUAUAACUUGGCGGCUGAAUUAACAAGUGCUCAAAUGCUUGUUGUGUCUGAUAUCCAUGAUAUGUUCUUGCCUCUUCAAGCUGGUUUCUUGGCCCAUCUUUCUGAAUCAAGGCAUGUCAUCUUGGAACUGUUGGAUCAUUUGCCUCAGAUGUUUAAACAAACCACGCGUGCUGAAUCUGUCUAUACAUCUGCUGUCAAAGGUGGUUUAGAAGCCUUGAAAUCAACAGGGGGUCAGAUCUUUGUCUUCCAGACAUGUUUGCCUAAUUAUGGACCAGACAGUCUAAAGCCUCGGGACGAUAAAGCCCUAGACAAAGAAAAGAGUCUAUUGGCACCUCAAAGCGAUACAUACAGAGACCUCGGCAAGACAUGUGUAAAGCAUGGUGUCUGUGUGCAUACAUGGGCCUUUGCUUCUCAAUACAUGGAUGCUGCUACUGUCCAGACUGUCUCUCAUCUGACAGGAGGUGAUUUCAGACACUACCCUAACUUCUCUUUGGCUGAGAAAUACAGUCUGUAUUAUCAACUGGACCAUGACAUACACCGAGAAACAGGUUUUGAUGGUAUUCUACGUGUUCGAUGCUCAGAUGGUCUUCAGGUCAUGGAUCAUUAUGGUCAUUGCCAUAUGAGUGUCUAUACUGAAUGCGAUCUGGCUGGUGUUGAUCAAGACAAGGCCAUGGCUGUCGUACUUAAACAUGACGGUAAACUGGAUGAGAACCGUGGUGUCUCUUUCCAGUGUGCAUUGCUCUAUACCAACCGUCAAGGUCAACGUCGUGUGCGUGUGCAUAACCUUCAUUUGGCAGCCACAUCACAAAUAGCAGAUGUGUUUCGGUAUGGGGAUGUCGAUGCCACCAUCAGUGUGUUGUUGAGACAAGCUAUCUUUGACAUGGCUCAUAAGAACAGAAAGGAUAUCCAUACUUCCAUGACAGAUCAUUGUGUGGAUGUCUUGACGGCUUAUCGACUGAACUGCGCAGCCUCUACUUCACCCGGUCAACUUAUUUUGCCUGAGGCAUUUAAAUUAUUGCCUGUGUAUGUACAUGGUGCUAUUCGAUCUAAAGUCUUACGAGGAGUGGGUACAGAUAUCAAUAUCGAUGUUAGAGUAGCAGCCAUGUCCUUGUUCAAUACACUCAGUGUUGAAGAAUUAGUAUGGACAUUAUAUCCUCGCAUGUAUCCAUUGCAUGAACUCAGUCUGAACGAGAACACGGCCAAUCUGAAGGGUGAAUUCAGAUUACCUCAUAUGAUGCGUACUUCUUAUGAACGCUUAGAAGCCCAUGGUUGCUAUCUUGUAGAUACAGGAUCUGAUCUCUAUCUCUGGUUGGGUAAAUCAUUACCUUCUGCAUUCAUUCAAGACUUGUUUGGUGUCAAGACAUUAGACCAGGUAGACCCACACAUGGUUCAUUUGCCUGUACAACCCACUGUUCUGUCUACAGAAGUCCACGGUAUCAUGCGACAAUUACAGGCAUCUCGAACAAGACAUUUAGCACUGAGAGUGGUUCGACAAGAAAAGGAUGCUAUUGAAUUCUUGUUCUCUACUUGGAUGUCAGAAGAUCGUAAUGCUGAAAUACAAACCUAUGUUGAUUACAUGUGUGUAUUGCAUCGCAAGAUUCAAGAAGAAAUGAAGAAACAUAGUGGAUAAUAAUAAUAAAAAGA